CUCUUUUCCUCUUCCCUCGCUAUCCCCUCCACCUUGGACAAACACCAUCACCUUCAAUCAUCACCAUGGGCCACAAGAAGAUCCGCACAGCGCUGACGGUCGAUCUCAACAAGCCUGCCUGGGAGCAACCGGGGUUGCACAACAGAUGGCAUCCAGAUGUCCCCGCCUGCGGCACGAUCGCCAACAACGAAGUCGUCAAGAUCGAAUGCCUCGACUGGACCGGCGGGCAGAUCAAAAACAACGACUCCGCCGACGACGUCAAGGACGUCGACCUAACCCAGAUCCACUACCUAUCUGGGCCCUUUGAGAUCGAGACCGCCGAGCCGGGCGAUGUCUUGCUGGUGGAAAUCCAAGAUGUCCAGCCCUUCGAGGAUCACCCCUGGGGCUUUACCGGUGUCUUCGACAAGAACAAUGGGGGCGGGUUUCUCGAUGAGAUUUAUCCGAAAGCAGCCAAGGCUAUAUGGGACUUCGAGGGGAUCUUCUGCUCGUCGCGACAUAUUCCCCACGUGCGCUUUGCGGGAUUGAUUCAUCCCGGGAUUCUGGGCUGCGCGCCGUCCGCGGAGAUACUGGCGGAGUGGAAUCGUCGAGAGGGGGAGUUGAUCGCCGCGAGUACCGCCCUGCAGCGGGAUGUCGCGAAGCCUCCUGAGCCGAGAAAUGCGCAUGCGGGAAGUGCGGAUGAGAGUCUUAAGGAGAAGGUCGCGAGGGAGGGCGCGAGAACGAUUCCUGGUCGUCCCGAACACGGCGGCAACUGCGACAUCAAGAACCUCUCUCGCGGCUCGAAGGUCUACCUCCCCGUGCACGUACCCGGCGCGAAGUUCUCCGUCGGCGAUCUGCACUUCUCGCAAGGCGACGGCGAGAUCUCCUUCUGCGGCGCCAUCGAAAUGGCCGGCAUCAUCACGCUCAAGUUCACCGUGCUCAAGGGCGGCAUGGCGAAGAUGGGCAUGAAGUCCCCGAUCUUCCAGCCGGGCCCCGUGGAGCCGCAAUUCGGGCCCGGCCGGUAUUUGACCUUCGAGGGGUUUUCGGUCGAUGAGAAUGGAAAACAGCAUUAUUUGGACGCGACGGUGGCGUAUCGUCAGACGUGUCUGCGGGUGAUCGAGUACCUGCGUCGGUAUGGGUACGAUGACUAUCAGAUCUACCUGCUGCUGAGCUGCGCGCCGGUGCAGGGACAUAUUGCAGGGCUGGUGGAUAUACCCAAUGCGUGCACGACGCUGGGGGUGCCGAUGGAUAUCUUUGAUUUUGAUAUUCGGCCCGAGGGCGAGGCGGUGCAGUUGGAUAUGGGGAGUUGUGCGUUUACAAGUGAGUGAAGGGAGUAGCGGUUAUGUCUGGUUCCUUCAUAUCAUUGCGUGCAAGUAGCUCUCUCAACACUUAACCUAAGACCACCGGAAUGCCAGC